AUGCUGAGAUGUUGGCCGACCGGCUUCGAGGACAGAGACUCCGAGCGGGCGCCAACGUUUCUCCGGAACGAAACGACUAAAAACACUCGUAAGGCUUUUCGGGACUGGAAGGAAGACAACGUCGCGAAGCACCAGUUAUGCCUCCACCAGGCAGCAAGUCUCCUGGACACCAAGGUCUUGCUAGCUAGCGCUAUCGGCCAGCAGACGGACAAAAUCUACGCGGAAUGUCGAGAGUCUUUGUGA